GCAAGGCGUUCCUUAGAGCCCGGCAGAUGAACGUGGACAUCGGGACGUGGGUGAGGUUGCUCCGAAACGCCAUCCCCACCGUGAACAACUCUGGAAACUACAGCCCGAACGCACACAGCRUAGCUCUAAACUCUGGGGAGAUCUCAGUGGAGAAGUUGAGUCUGGACAACGACUCUCCCAUGAGAGGAGAUUACAAGAGAGACACGGACACAAACACUUCGGACCUGCUGCCAGUCGUCGAGCCCCCCUCCUCCCAAGACCUCACCCCUGACUCCCCUGUCCAAACCCCACCUAUCAACAGACAGAAGAAAGGUCCUCUGUCCGUUCAGGACUUCAAGCUGAURGCUGUGUUGGGAAGAGGACACUUUGGGAAG